AUGCGGAGCCGGCCGCGGACUAAGAUGGGGGGCGGCCACUCCCACAGGGCGCCGGUCUUCGACGAGAACGAGGACGUUAACUUUGACCACUUUCAAAUAUUGCGGGCUAUUGGGAAAGGGAGUUUUGGAAAGGUGUGCAUUGUACAGAAGAGAGACACCAAGAAAAUGUAUGCCAUGAAAUAUAUGAAUAAACAGAAGUGCAUCGAGAGAGAUGAAGUUCGAAAUGUUUUUCGGGAGCUACAGAUCAUGCAAGGCCUGGAGCAUCCCUUCCUAGUCAAUCUAUGGUACUCCUUUCAAGAUGAAGAAGACAUGUUCAUGGUGGUGGAUCUCUUACUUGGAGGUGAUCUGCGUUACCACUUGCAACAGAACGUCCACUUCAACGAAGGAACUGUUAAGCUGUACAUCUGUGAGCUGGCACUCUCCUUGGACUAUUUGCAGAGAUACCACAUCAUUCACAGGGACAUCAAACCUGACAACAUACUACUGGAUGAGCAUGGGCAUGUUCAUAUCACUGACUUUAACAUAGCAACCAUAGUGAAAGGCUCAGAAAAAGCUUCUUCUAUGGCUGGCACAAAACCCUAUAUGGCUCCAGAAGUGUUCCAGGCCUUUAUGGAUGGAGGUCCAGGAUACUCGUACCCAGUAGACUGGUGGUCACUAGGAAUUACAGCAUAUGAAUUACUGAGGGGUUGGAGGCCCUAUGAAAUUCAUUCAGCCACCCCCAUUGAUGAGAUACUCAACAUGUUCAAGAUAGAAAGAGUUCACUACUCAUCUGCGUGGUGCAAGGGCAUGAUAGAACUACUGAAAAAGCUCCUCACUAAGGACCCAGAGUGUCGUCUUUCAAGCCUUGCAGAUAUCCAAAGCUCUCCAUACCUAGCUGAUGUCAACUGGGAUGCUGUUCUAGAGAAAGCUGUGACCCCAGGCUUUGUUCCUAAUAAAGGAAGACUGAACUGUGAUCCUACAUUUGAACUUGAAGAGAUGAUUUUGGAGUCCAAGCCUCUCCACAAGAAGAAAAAGCGACUUGCCAAAAACAAAUCCAAAGAUGGAACUAAGGAAACUUGCCCACUGAACGUACACCUGCAGCAGUGCUUGGAAACCGUUAGGAAAGAAUUCAUCAUAUUCAACAGAGAGAAAUUGAGAAGACAGCAGGAUCAAAGUGGACACACUUCCAGCAUGGAGAGCAGAGCAUCCCUUCAGAGCCAUGAGAAACUCCAGGACGGACGUAACAACAAUUUACUGGGACAUGGCUGCACAAGAGGCUGCAGCAGCUAG